AUGGCUAAGAAGGUCGCCCUGAGUAGUGUUUCUCUCAUCUUUGCCUGUGGAACGGCUCUGUUCUCUGAUGGUUAUGCCAACAAUGUCAUUGGUUCUGUUCUAACACGCAUAUACGGCACUGGUUCCGACGGCAUCACUACGAAUUACAGCACCACACUCUCUAGUGUCGCCUUCGCAGGCACCGUGGUGGGUAUGCUUACCUUUGGCUACCUCUCCGACAAAGUUGGGCGCAAAUUCGGUAUGAUGUCCGCAACUGGGAUCGUUGCACUAUUUUCUGGUCUCUCGGCUGCUUCGUCUGGUGCUAAUCACAGCCUUCAUGGCAUGCUUGCUAUGCUUAUCGCAUGUCGCUUCCUUCUUGGGAUUGGAGUUGGCGCCGAAUACCCUUGCGGCUCUGUGUCUGCAUCUGAACAGUCGGAGGAAGAGGGCAUUGCUAAGAACUCGCAACACCGAUGGCUGGUGCUCGCAACGAACACUAUGAUUGAUAAUGGUUUCGUUAUUGGAGCAUUCGUACCAUUGGUACUUUACUGGAUAUUCGGGGACAACCACCUUCGUGCCGUCUGGCGGCUCUCGCUUGGGCUUGGUGUAGUUCCUGCUGUUGGUGUCUUCUUUUGGCGGCUGCGCAUGGAGGAACCCAAUCGCUAUAAGCGCGAUUCAAUGAAGCAUGUUCGUAUCCCAUACGGACUAGUCGUUAAAAGAUACUGGCGUAGCCUGCUUGGCCUUUCACUGGCAUGGUUCAUGUAUGACUUCAUCACGUAUGCCAAAAACCAUUUCCAACUUAGUCGUUUUGGCAGUGUUACCGGUGGCAGUUCAUCCCUCACCAUCGUCUUUGGUUGGUCUGUUGUGAUCAACCUGUUCUACAUUCCAGGCACCGUUGUGGGUGCCUUCUGCGUUGAUCUUAUGGGUCCCAAGGUUACCAUGAUCAGUGGCCUUCUCGCGCAAGCGGUCAUUGGAUUCAUCAUGAGUGGCCUUUAUACCCAGUUGUCACAACACGUUGCCGCUUUCGCUGUGGUGUACGGCAUCUUCCUGAGCUUCGGCGAGUUUGGUCCCGGAAACUGCCUUGGUGUAUUGGCUGCAAAGUCCGGGCCUACUGCUGUACGUGGCCAGUAUUAUGGUAUUGCAGCUGCUACUGGAAAAAUAGGCGCAUUUGUUGGAACUUGGGUGUUCCCUGUCAUGAUCACGGAUUUUGGUGGCUCAAGUUCAGCUAAAGGAAACACUGGCCCCUUCUGGGUUGGCAGUGGUCUCGCCAUCCUAAGCGCGAUCGUUGUAUACUUCCUUGUGAAACCCUUGGACCACGAUGGUAUGAAGAAGGAGGAUGCCAAGUUCCGGGAAUACCUUGAAGCGCACGGUUUCGAUGUCUCACUCAUGGGUCUUCCCGAAGCUGAAACCGUGUCAUAUACGGAAGGGAAAGAGACGGAUUCAGCGGUCAAGGACACUGACUCAGCCACGAAAGUUUAG